AAAGUACAAGGGGUAUUAUAGUAAAUGCACCUCGGAUUCCAAAGGCAAGAGAGAAAACUCACAACUCAUUAGUCAAUCAAUAUAUCACUGCAACAUUCCACUAAGAAUCCCUUUUCUCUCUCUCUCUCUCUCUCUCUCUACUCUCACUCUAACUACAUCAUCGUCUUCUUCAUCUUUUCUUAACCAACCCUAAAUCCAAUCCAGAUUCCUAUUUCCCAUUUCCAGCGCGGACAUGGCCUCAGCCAUCAAGAAAGUGAACAUGAUCACCCAAAUCGUACGGCUGAGGCAAGUGGUCCGCCGCUGGAAAGCCAAGAGCCUCACGCGCCACCCCCCCGCCGCCGCCGUUGGAUCCAACCGCCGGCCCACGCCUUCCGGCUCACUCGCCGUCUACGUUGGCCCGGACCGGCUCCGGUUUGUGAUCCCCACCCGGUUCCUCAACCUACCGGUUUUCGUCGCCCUCCUCCGGCAGGCGGAGGAGGAGUUCGGAUUCCAGAGCUCCGGCGGGCUGGUCCUCCCCUGCGACCCGGCCUUCUUCACCGAAAUGCUCCGCUUCCUCCACCGCGACGAGGACAGAUUCCGGUCGGCGGGGCUCGACGAGUUCCUCAACGUCGUCUCCUCCUCCGAUCAGUUUUCGUGCAAAGAAACGACGUCGUCCCACGCCUUCGCUCCAUUGCUGCCCGUCUGAGUCUGAAAAUUAAACACACUCAUUACCUUAUUCCUCACUCUCCCUCUCUCUUUAGAUCUUCUUUAACGACUAUUUUUUUUUUAAAUAAAAUUAUUUCUGUAUUCCUUCCCCCAAGCUUUUUUUUAAAGGGGUUUGGAUUCCAUUACCCCUUUUCUGACUUUGAUGCUUGAAACUGGAAUUUAGGGUUUUCUUCUUUUUUUUUCAUCGUUUUUGUGAAAUGAAGACAUGGAUGAAGCCAGAUUUUUUGAAGUAAUGGUGCUUUUCUGGCUCAUGUCUCAUUAUUAUGAUGAUGUAUCUGUAAUCUGUAAUGUAUUUAUUUUCGUCGACAGAGCAGAGCAGACAAUGGUUGGAAUUAA